AAAGAAACGAAAAAAGAAAAGGAAAAGGAAACAGAAAAAGAAAACGAAAGAGAAAAGGAAAGAGAAAAAUGUGAGGAGAAGAUUACGGAUGCAGAAAAUUUACAAAAUAAUGUUUCUACGGAUAAGUUGAUGGCAUUUAAUGCUGUUUCACUACCCAAAGAAAUAAAGAUUAAAGAAGAAGUCGGAAAAAAUGACCUGAUCAAAUUAUCAGAAUUAAAAGAAGCCUUUCAUUUGUUUGAUUUUAAUUGCGAUGGUAUCAUCGAUUCUGAAGAUCUAAAAUUUACCUUUAUAACCAUGGGCAAACCCGAUGUAUCUGAAGAACAUAUACAGCAAAUGUUAUCAGAAAUAUCGACUCCAAUAGACUUCGAUGCGUUUAUCACGCUUUUUGGAAAAAAAGUAAGUGAAAUGGACCCAGAAGAAGUUUUCACUGCUGCACUAUCAACUUGGGAUAUGAGAGACACUGGAAUGAUACCAGAAAAAAAAAUAAGAGACGAUCUUCAAAAAUUUGGCGAUAAAUUUACAAUUAAAGAAGUUGAUCGUGCUUUGGAAGAAGCUCCAAUUUAUUUGCAAGAUAAUGAUGAAAUGAUAGAUUACAUUAAAUUUAGUAAUAAUAUUUGUGGUUUUCAAAAACUAGCUAAAGCCAGACAAUAUCAGAAAAAAUUAGACAAUGCUUAGAAAAUAUUCAUUAAUAGUUUG